AAUCACACGCAGCCUCUGACUGUCACAGAGCUUGGAGUGCCGCGUUCAGCUCACACCGUCUCCUUCUUCUUCUUCUUCUCUGUCGCAGAUCCCAACGCCGCUCACCGACCAUGGAUACCCCGGGCCAGAGGAGGGCCAACCGCGGCCACUCGUCCACCCCGCUGUCACCCACCCGCAUCACCCGUCUCCAGGAGAAGGAAGACCUCAUCGAGCUGAACGACCGCCUGGCCAUCUACAUCGACAAGGUGCGCUCCCUGGAGUCGGAGAACGCCGGGCUGCGCCUGCGCAUCACCGAGUCGGAGGAGGUGGUGAGCCGCGAGGUGUCCGGCAUCAAGUCCGUCUACGAGACGGAGCUGGCCGAUGCCCGCAAGACCCUGGACUCCGUGGCCAAGGAGAGGGCGAGACUGCAGCUGGAGCUCAGCAAGAUCCGGGAGGAGCACAACGACUUGAAGGCGAGGAACAAGAAGAAGGAAGCGGACCUGCUGACAGCUCAGGCUCGCCUGAAGGAUUUGGAGGCACUUCUGAACUCGAAGGAUGCCGCACUUUCCACUGCGCUGGGCGAGAAACGCAACCUGGAAACUGAGAUCCGGGACCUGAAAGGACAGUUUGCCAAGCUGGAAGCAAGCCUUGCGGAUGCAAAGAAACAGCUUCAGGAUGAGAUGCUUCGCCGUGUCGACGCGGAGAAUCGUAACCAGACCCUGAGGGAGGAGCUGGAGUUCCAGAAGAGCAUCUACAGCGAGGAGCUGCGCGAGACCAAGCGGCGGCAGGAAACACGCCUGGUGGAAAUCGACAAUGGGCGCCAGCGGGAUUUCGAGAGCAAGCUGUCCGAAGCCCUUCUGGACCUACGUUCUCAGCAUGAAGGUCAGAUCGGCUUGUAUAAGGAGGAGUUGGAGAAGACUUACAAUUCAAAGCUGGAGAACGCCAAGCAGUCUGCAGAAAGGAACAGCAGCAUGGUAGGAGAGGCCCACGAGGAGAUCCAGCAGAGCCGCAUUCGUAUAGACAGCCUGAGCUCCCAGCUGAGCCAGCUCCAGAAGCAGCUGUCUGCUAAGGAGGCCAAGCUGCGUGACCUGGAGGAUGCGCUGAGCCGAGAGAGAGACUCCAACCGCCGGAUGCUGUCGGACAAGGACCGCGAGAUGGCGGAGAUGAGGGCCCGCAUGCAGCAGCAGCUUGAUGAGUACCAAGAGCUGCUGGACAUCAAGUUGGCCUUGGACAUGGAGAUCCGCGCUUACCGCACCCUGCUGGAGGGAGAGGAGGAGAGACUCCGACUCUCGCCCAGCCCCAGCGGGCAGAAGAGGACGGCCAGGACAGGGCAAUCCUCGGGGCAGGUCUCCUCUUCCUCCAAGAAGCGUAAACUGGAGGGAUCCGAGUCGCGGACCACCAGUUACAGCCAGCACGCCAGGACCAGCGGGAAGGUGGCCGUAGAAGAGGUGGACCUGGAAGGCAAGUUCAUCCGACUGAAGAACAAGUCCACUGAGGAUCAGUCGCUGGGGAACUGGACCAUCAAACGCCAGAUUGGAGAGGAUAAGCCGAUUAUUUACCGUUUCCCCCCCAGAGUCAUGCUGAAGGCCGGACAGACCCUGACGGUCUGGGCAGCUGGGGCCGGAGUGGCUCACAACCCCCCCUCUGAUUUUGUCAAUAAGUCCGCUAACUCCUGGGGCACCGGAGACAGCAUCCGCACUGCCCUGCUUACAUCCAGCAAUGAGGAAGUUGCGAUGCGUAAGCUUGUACGGUCUUUGGUGAACGAUGAGGAUGAGGAGGAUGAUGAUGAAGAUAAUGAGCACCACCACCAUCACCACCACCAUGACGGUCAAAACUCCGGAGACCCCACCGAGUACAACCUGCGCUCCCGCAACAUCACCUGCACUGCCUGUGGACAGCCGGCCGAGAAAGGCGUCAGUGCCACUGUCGGGGGCGGAGCUUCUUCUUCCUCCAGCUCUUUCACUACCGUCACCCGCACCUUCCGUGGUGUAGGAGGAGCCAGCGGGAGCAGCGGCAUCGGAGAGAGUCUGACACCUCGCUCCUACUUCCUGGGGAACAACCAACGCGCUAAGGUCACCCCCCAGAGCUGUUCCAUCAUGUAACCUCGUCCCACCCGGUGACAAUGCCAACUAUUAAAGCUAAUCCCAUUGGAUAUAUUUUGUUUUUUUGUUUGUUUUUUUUUUACUUUUUUUUCUACAUCCGAAUAUUUUAUAGAAGGAAAAAAAAAAAAGAAAAUGCUUUUUUUUUUAAAUUUGAAAGCAGCUUAUAUUUCUGAAUGAAACCAAAGGUUAAAAAAAAAAAAAUCUAUAUAUCAGGUAGGCCCCGCCCCCUUGGCUUCGGGGCACCCCGGCAAAGCUCCUCCAGUUGGUUUCUCCCUCCCCCCCGCCGCAAGGUUAUUACGAUAUAGAUUUGAGCUUUUGCCUCUCCAUUUUUCGAUGGUAAGCAUGCCAAGGCAAAUAUUUGGCAUUCAGGGCGGCCGCCGUGACAACGAAACAGUGGGUGGAGCCGCCAAAGAUUACCGUCAACAAAAAAUCCAGCCAAAGGUAAACCUCAGCACAGAGGUCCAUGUUUACAAACUCCUAGUAAGACACUACUCCGUGUUACUUGAAAAAAAAAA